AUGUAUUUCACCAAGCUCGACGACUCUCCAAUGUUUCGGAAGCAGGUAUGUGCCCCCUCGAGUGGCUUUUUUUUCCUAUUUUAUGUUUGCCUGUAGCUUAGGUUUUCUUCAAAUUUUUAUUGCUCGCUCUCGAAAGGGAUGCUUCCAUUUUUGUUUUCUUUUUCAUUUAUGUUUGCAGAAGUCCAUUUUCUCGGUGGAUGUUACUCGUGUUGGUCUUGUCUCUGACCGCAUUUGCUCGACAUUUCUCUCCGUUUGAUGUGUUUUACGCGUCGUAUUUGCUUCUGAAUCUGAACCCGGCUUCUGAAGUACGAAAACAUGAGCAUGGUACGUGAAGGCUUGCACUUGUGUGAACUUCGCGAACGAGAUUCGCAUCGUCUUGUGAAGAACCAAUGAUAAACAUCUCGUCAGUGACGUUCAGGCAUCAUAAGUUUGUGGCAUAGAAAAACCAAUGGAAACGGUUACGGAGUCGAUGAUGCCCUAGUUGACAAGAACAAAGUAUUUCAUCGGGAAAUGUGGUAUCAUAAGCUUCAAUGUUUCUGCUAAAGCAUCUUCCAUUCUUUGAGAACGCCCAUCUUGCUAGUUUCUGCUUUGAUGACUUCAAUGGAUAAAUGUGUGACCGUUUCUAAGGACACCGACAUUCAUUCCUUUGAAAAAUUUGAAAUAAUAACAAGGUUAAUACUGGGAGGAAUAAUAAUAAAUAUUGGUCUUUAGAAUCAAUUGCUGUCCUAACCCCCAUCAAAUGUAAAGUUAACAGAUUCCGAGUGAUUAUAUACACUUUUGUUUCGUUUCUUUUCCCAGAGAACAGUACAAUAUGACGGUGAACCAAUUAAUCACGUCAUUAACCUGCGUCAGUUGGGAAUGUUCUUAAGACCUUAAACGUCUUGACCAAAAUAAUUCUCACAUUGAACCCUUUGUUUCUCUAUACCACACCACUCCAAAAAGUUCAAUCUCAGGUAACUCGUAGUCGUGAGGCACGUUGAGGGAUGUUCACUGUGCUAUUUUUAAUGCAAAUGCUGUUAUUUUUCAUUUCACGGCAACGUUUAAUUUUUUUCCUUUCGUUACUAAUUUUCUCUUCUUUAAUUUUAAUUUUUAUAUUGAAAACAGAUACAGUCGCUCGAGGAAAGUGCAGAAUUACUAAGGGAAAGAAGUCUAAAAUUUUAUAAAGGAUGUCGGAAGUAUACGUAUGUCCCCUUUUCCAUCAUUUUAGAUAUUUUUUCCAAGGUGUAAAUUUCUCAUUUAUACAGUUAUAUGGGAAAUUUCUUCUUAGUAUUACGUAGAGAACCAUUACUGUUGCUAUGACACUGGCAAGGUAUCCGUCUUUCUUUGCAAGAUACUUCAUUGCCUUUCUGAAUCCGUUAUUUUGGGGUUUAGACUGUAAUAGCUUCACUCUGUGUAAUUUCUUUUUCGAUCUCUCUGGUAUUCUUAAAAUCCUUACUGGUAUCUGAUAUCCUUAUUCGAUUGUGACCUCUGUCUCACUUUUUUGACCCGUGGGCUCACUCAUUACUAAAAUCACACUAUCUCCCAGUCCACGUGCAUACAGAUGCUCAGAUACAAUCUUUUACACUAUUACAUUAGGAAACUUCGGCUUGUAUGAACUUGCAUUUACCAAAUUUUUCUCAUUAGUGAUGGAGGCUCUGUUAUCAUAUCAGGGAGAUCAAUAAGCUUCAGAAAGAGAGGUCCUCAAAUUUUCACUUUGCAUUAAGUUCUGUAACCAGUCACUAAAAUCCAUCAUCUCUAUGGCCACAUUUUCUUUGCUGUCAAUUCCACAGAAGAAAUUCGUAAACAGCUUUGUGGAGAUCGACGAUUCCACUCUGCGGUAUUAUAUUCCUGAAUGCAUUGCUUGUGGCAAAUUUUAAUAAAUCUGUCUUACAAAGCUUCAUAUGUCAUAUGCCAGAAAUGUUCAAUACCUUGACUCGUUUCAUCUAAAUUUUUCUUAGUCUGCUUUCAUGUACAUGAUAGAUCAUGCCGACAUUUACUAAAUUAUCUCUAUCGGCCAUACAAAAAGACGCUGGCGUUAUCCUUUUUUCUCUGAAUUUCAUUGUGUUUAUAGUUCCUUUUUUAUUUUCAGGGAAGGUCUUGGUGAAGGAUACGAUGGGGAUAUUGCUUUUGCUAGUUCUCUUGAAAUGUUUGGAGGCGGCCAUAAUGAUCCCAUCAGUGUUGCUUUUGGAGGUUGGUCUUUUAUCUGGUGUCAUAAUCUGCUGUUUCUAUGUGCUGUUUUCAUCUCAGAUGGAGUCCUUUUAGGAUGUUGUGCCCUGAGUUUCAUUUCGCGGUUUAUGAAUAUCACUGUCUCCUCCCAAGUGGAAGCUUUUAUGGGAAAUGUUUUGAACUAAGCUUAGUUCAGUAAAUCAGGUGAAUUAUUUAGAAUCACUUUAGUAUCUGCUCUUUGUUUCCACGCACAUUGUGGGAAUUCAUUUUCCCAUAUGAUUCAUAUUUGAUGAUUUUCUUAGCAACCUUUUGACGAUUUUUACAAUAUGCAACACCAACGCCGUGUAGGCUUCCCCCCAGUGUCAAUGGAAACACAGAUCGAAUCUGUUAUGUCGGACUGAGCUUGUUGGGCUCAAAAUGGGGGUAGGGCUAGAAUUCAUUAAAAUUGACAUUUUCAGCAAGGUUUUCCUUGCUACGUGUUUACAGAGAGUGGACGUGAACUUUGAUUAUCAAGCCUAGAUAUUCAAUGAAGGGAAUAGAUGAUGCCUUUGACCUUAAACUUUUCCUUGUUGGAGCACUACUCACAAAUUUCAUAGUUUCUUGUCAUUACCCUUGUUUAUUUGGGCAAAGGUAGAUGGUAUGCAUUCUUUUCUUUGGAUGGGGGCAGAUGGUUUCAGACAUUUGUAUUCAUCUCGUGUUGAAUCCCAUCAACUAGAUGAUAUUAAACUAUUUCUUGUUGAUGACUAUUAUUCUAUAUCAUUAAGUUUUAAAUAGGUUUUUCUUGGAAUGUCGUGUCAAACUAUAAUCGUGUCAUCCAGUUGUGUCGCUGUACAUGUGAUGCAUGCAAGGACUGCACUCUCUAACUUCUUGAUUCAGUCAAAAUGUCCUUUCAUGACUGCCAAAUCUAAUAUACUUUUCCUUUCGUAAAUGGAGGAGUCCAAUGUUCUGUUAAUUGAAGGUACCCAUGGUUAUUAUUACAAUGUUUUUUUCCAUAAGCGGCACUUCUGAAACUGUUUUUAUGUAAAAAAUGUCUCUCCUUGAUGCUGCUUUGGUGGGGCUUUCACGUAGAGUGCUUUUACCUCUAAUUUUUGCGUAAAGCUUCGUAUCACAUCCUUCCAUGUUUGUUUCCCAAGGUUAUGUGAAGUAGUAGAGGAUCCACUCGUAACAGUGGCCAAGGCUUUUGACCCUAAUAAAACGGAAGGAUGUUGCCUAGAUUCUGAAGGAAUAUGCAUGGCGAAGAGACAGGGAUAUUAAUAGAUCUUCAAGGCUUUCUUAUUGGGCUAUUGCUGCAUGGGUCGGAAUUAAAUUCACGAAAUUAGAAAUGGCGAAGAGGUGACAAACUUUUACCUAAACCAGCUUAUUUCAUGACUAAUGAUGGGGGCAUCAAACAUCAUAUGAAUCAUCUAGUUUGGGGCGUCUCAUCUCCUCGGAAUUUGAAAUGUUUCAAAUGGAGAGCUUCACAUGGCCAACUUCCUACAUGUGAUCGCGUAUCUUUCUUCUUCUCAGCUUCAAUACUCCUUGCUGUCUUUGUGGGUUUGAAGAAGAGGGCUAAUGACCACCUAUUCCAUGGGCAUUGCUUCUGCUCUGAAUUUGGCACGUGGCAAAUUGAAAGUGGUGUUGGAAUAUCAAGAGAGAUCAUGUAGUUUAGUGGGUCAUUCUGCGUCCAGUAUUUGGGCUAUUUAGAUGGAACGAAAUAGCCACUUUAUUAAACCGUUGACCUCUUGGUUGAUUGAAGAUGCUAUGCUAUCUUAGCUAGUGUACAAGAGUGAUCAUGGAGUAUGCUUCGCUUUGGGAGUAUGCUUCUUGUUCGUGCAUUGGGAGACUUUUUUCUUUUGCGAGCUGAUUUUUUACGUGCUAAUCUUCUACUUUUUCUGUAGCAAUCACCAUGCGGUACUAUCCCCUUUCAGAGACGAGCAUUAUAUGCUACAUUUCCUUAAGAUUAUUUCAGUUUUCAGUUUCUAUCCCUAGCUUUGGUUACUCCUUGCAAUAAGCCUCUUUAUGAUGAAGCUCGUAAGAUUUAUUUAUUUCUGGUUGUGCUUUUGUGCCGUCAUUGAAUUUCGGUGCUUGAUUUUAUUUUUCUGGAAAUUUCGUUUUUUAUUUUAGGGCCAGUCAUGACAAAAUUUACAAUUGCACUGAGGGAAAUUGGAACAUACAAAGAAGUCCUCCGAUCGCAGGUAUUUUCUGUAUUUUUGGAGAAUAUUCUGUAAGCUGCAUUUGUAUGAAGGGCAGCUCGUAUAUCUUGCGGACUACUGUUAAUCCAUACCGGGUAGAAUGAUCCAGGACCAAUGGUUGCUACACACUCCACUUAAAAAGCUUUACCUAUGCAAAUUGACUGAUCCUAAUAUGUAUGUGUCUGGAUUACUUAGUUUGCAGGACAGUAACAUUAUUUGUAAAGCUACAUUAUUGUAGUCCGUAGGCCAUUCCCUACCGUAUUAUUCUGGGGUGGAGGUAUCAAAGAAGGGCAUCAGAAGAUGCAGGGCUUUAGUCUGUACUCUAUGUGGAAUCAUGUGCUUCAUCAGCCAGUGGCAUGAUUCUGCAAGGAAUCAUCUUUUGUCUCGGGCCGGAUGAUCACCAGUUUAUGACGCCAUAAAUAUAUGUUCUUGACUUUGGGUAAUGUCGUUACUUUUAGUAUCUUGUUGAAAUUUUUAUACUAAAGUGGGUGUUAAAACUAGAUGGAGCCAUGAAAACUGUUAAGUUUGCUUAUGACUAGCUCAAUACAUCGAUUCUAUGAAAGUGCUCAGUGCAACUACUUGAAAAAUGAGAGAAAAAAAAUCCAGCACAUUGCAUCUAGCUGAUCCUUUCUAUUCUCCAGCAGAAAACGGAAAUGAAAAUCUGCCCGUUUUCUUCUACAGCACACUGAAUCUCUUUUCCCACUUCAAUCUGGACGGACAAUAACCAUGGCUGAGUUUACUCAUAGCCGGAAUUUCUUUGACCAUAGAAGAGGGAUUUUGGCAUUUCUCUGCUUCUAUAGUUGGGAACUUGGUAUUUUACCCUGCCCUAUAUUGACACUUAAAAGCCCACAAUAGCCUCUGAAUAUGGGUAUGUAAAUUGUAGGGGAAUACUAAGUAAAUGACUGCGAUAUCAGACAGCUUCAUGGAGUGGUCCCAAAAUUUACUGUCCCUGAUGAACCUAAAUUGUAGACUUUCCGCUUUGAUGUGGGGAUCAUCAUAAGUUUCCCUACAUUUAUAAAACCACUAGCGAUCUGUCACAUCUAUCUCUUGCUUAUAUGCUUAGUUAAAGAUAUGGCGUCAUAAUUUUUUCGAAAAUUUUCUUCCUCUAAUUUUUUUUUCUUCUUCUUAUAAUUUUGACACUGUCAUAUCUUUUUCAGGUUGAACACAUGCUAAAUGAUAGAUUGCUUCAAUUUGUCAACGUUGAUCUGCAUGAUGUGAAGGUACCUUUAGCAGCCCAUGAGAUAUCUAGUAAACCAUAUGUUGAGUGACAGAUACUGUCGUCUAAGUUUUUUAUUUUGUUGUUAUAAGCAACAUCAUGAUAAUUGACGCAAACCAUACAAGGAUAAACAGUCGGGAAAAAUCUCUUCUUUACUCAAAUCAUAGAACAACUGAUAGUUAAAUACCAUUACCCUGACCAUUAUAAAAGAAAACUACCUAGGUUGAGGGAACUGAUCAACUAGGAAGGUAACAAACUAGGUAACUGACAAACUAGAAACUGAUCAGAAACUAACUCCAAAUAACACGUUUCUCCCACAAAAAUUUAUCAAAAAAAUAAUAAAAGUAUUGAUAUUUAUUAAUGAUUUAUUAGAUGCUGCAUUCUGUUGCUUAUUUUGGGUCCUUUAUCUGUCUUUGCUCUUCUGUUUCGCAUUUUUCUUUAAGAUUUAUUUUUUAAAAUGUUAUUUCCUUUUGUAUGAUCCUCUUGAUUGAUAUUAACGGUAAAUUUAUAUUUUAGAACAUUAAAUUAUAUGAGACAUCCUUUGAGACAAUACGAAGGUACGCUUAUCAUUUCACCUAAAUAUCUGAAAAUAUAUAUCCCCAUGAUCACUGAAAAAAUGCCUUAAAAAAGUAAAUACGCAGACUGAAUUAACGACAUGCAUGACUUCUUACAAGGUUUAGGCAUUUGUGCAUAUGUAUGCACACGGGUGCUGUAUAUAUGCCUUGCUUCUGAAAAUUAACAGUGUUUGUUGUUGGCAAAGGCCAGUCUGCUGUUGAGCUUAUGUUUCAUGUCGGUCGACUGUAGCAACUGUAAAUAAUACUUUAAUAUCUUAUUGCAGGAAGCACGGAAACGUUUUGACAAGGCCAGUCUUGUAUAUGAUCAGGUUGGGUUCUUUUCUUUUUGGGAUUGAAGAUUAUUAUUGAUCAAUCAAACCUAGGAUUUUUUGUUAUUACGAAAUCAGAGAGUAAAUAUUUGGUGAAUAUUAGAUCUGGUUUUCGAUUGAAGAUCAGGAAGGGGUUGAGUGUAUCUUUUAGUCUUGCGGUUCCUUCUUUUUUUUGUUUUUUACAAGGAAUUAAGUCGCCUGUUGCUAUGUUUACUCUUAUCAAUCAGGCCCGUGAAAAGUACUUAUCUCUUAGAAAAGGUACAAAAAGUGAUGUAGCUUCUGCAUUAGAGGAGGUAAUUUUCAGUCUUCAGUGGUCUUCAAAAUGUCUUACAUAUCUUCCUUCAUCUGUCUUUUCAAAGUAUCUGACUUCAUCUGUUAUAGAUUAAAUUCUUAUGUUCUGUUCUGUGGCGUAUCACAGGAGCUGCGUAGUGCAAGGUCCUCUUUUGAACAAGCCCGUUUCAAUCUGGUGCGUCUGAUCUGUUACCUCUCGUGCACUUGGUCCAUGAUAUUUCUGUAGACGUAGGGAGGUCAAACUUCAGAAAACUGUAUUCACUAAAUGCUACAGCUCAUAUCCAGGUCAGUGCCCUUUCAAAUGUUGAGGCAAAGAAACGGUUUGAAUUUUUGGAGGCUGUUAGUGGGACAAUGGAUGCUCAUCUUCGCUAUUUCAAACAGGUAUCUCUCAAAACAACAAUCUCCUAUCGGAUGGUAUCGGCUUCCUCAUUUUUUUCUGUGGCUCCUUACAUGAUUUUGUCUUGUGUGAAGGGUUAUGAGUUGUUACAUCAGAUGGAGCCAUAUAUUCACCAGGUUUGCUAUCAUUUUUUUAUUGUUUUUGCCUGUGCUUCUCAUUUGCCUUGCUGUAUCAUGACACAAUCCUAUGAUCGUUCACUUGUAUUUGGUUAAAAUUUUAAAAUCAUUAUUUUCUAUCCUGUUGUCUGUGAACUUACAUGACCCAAAACUGUGGACAUUCUGAGCCAUAAAGCAUCUAGUCGAGAAAUACGCGCAUUGAUGUUUUAUUGGUUAGCUUUAUGAAAGAAGGAUCUCUAAACUUAGAUCAUAGUAUUUGCCUUGGCAUGCAGAUGAGUAUUUUACUUCGCCUCUACUAAUAUUAAAGUUUUGACAAUUUAGUCCUAGGCCAAGGGGUCAGGAAGAAUUUAUGCUUGUUGAACUAACAAGACGGGCAAGGUCUUGAAUGACUUCUGUCAGGGAUGCACGAAACGCAUUCAAGGUGGUUGUGAAAUUUUAGACCCACUCUUCUCACUGAGAAUGCUUGGUGAUACGCACAUCUGUUGUCACUGGGAGCUUUCAAAUCUUGGUGUUCUUGAUUACUUUAAGGGUGAUAUCAGGGCAACUAAAUACAAAACUCCGAAGAUGGGAGAGUGCUGCCAAUGUUUUAUUCAGUUCCCCAGUAUUGUAGGUCUUAGCGAUUAAAUAGCUCCAGUCGUUCUAGUGCAUGCCGAGAUAACAUCCCAUGCAUUAUAAGAUCAACACCUUAUACAUAGUAAAUCUAACUUUUUAAAAUAUGUGAUGGACAACUUGAUCAUCCUUGUCUUUGAGCUUUUAUUCGUACAAUUUUUGUGUCGUUCUUUUGUACUUAAUGGAAAAUACUUAUUUUGAAUAAAACUUCCAACUAUUGUUGGCAGCCUAUGCUAUCUGUUAAGUUGUCAAAUGCUAAGAACUUUUCGCCGUUGUAAUGCGCGGUUGAUCGCUGACCCUUUUCUGCUCUCAAAAUUUGAGGUCUACACUAUGUUUUGAUAAUUGUGUAGGAUAAAGCUUCCGUUGAUCAAUUUUUUUGCUCAUGGCUAUGAUGAUGUGUAGAAAAGAUUUUAUUUUAUUUUAUUUUCACCAAUUGUACGGUUUCUCACAUCGCUAUUGACGAUUCCAUGAUGUUGUUGAGAAGGGUACAAAGCUGCUCUCCAUAAACAACCCCCUUUUUGCCUUCCUAGUUCUACUUUCUUCAUCAAUACAUCAAAUUAUUUUCUGCUAAUUAUUGGGUUUUGAUAAUGCCGAUAAUUCCUUUGUGAAUUCGUCUGUUGAUGUUGAUUCGAUGAUCAAAAUUUUCACUAGUUUGAUAAAAAAUUAUCAUUCCUUGUUGCAUUUCCUAAAAAAAUACAUUCUUUUGAAGGUUUUGUCCUAUGCGCAACAAUCAAGGGAAAGAUCCAACUAUGAGCAGGCAGCUCUUUCAGAGAGGAUGCAAGAGUUUAAAAGGCAGGUUGAACGGAGAGGUCGAUGGCCAAUGAAUGGAGUACAAGGUUCUCCCAAUGGCGAUGGCAUACAAGCUAUCGGUAGAAGUUCUCAUAAAAUGAUCGAGGCAGUUAUGCAGUCCGCUUCAAAGGGAAAGGUGAUGUCUAUUUUCUGUUCUAAUCGCAAGCCCUGGGCUAUAAGUCGUGUGUUCUCCAUGCGUUCACUUCCACCUGUCGCAUUGUGAUGCAGCAUUUUAUUUCAACUCUAAAUAUAAUGAAAGCCAACGUUGCAGGUCCAAACCAUUCGUCAAGGUUACCUCUCGAAACGUUCAUCAAACUUGAGAGGCGACUGGAAGAGAAGGUUUUUUGUUCUCGACAGCCGUGGAAUGCUGUACUACUAUCGUAAGCAAUGGAGCAAGCCAUCAGUAAGUUAGGAUUUCAUAAUCCAUUUUCAUGGGUCAUGCCCACACUCGUCCGGCCUUAGAUUAUGCUAAUCAUUUCUCCCCAUGUCUUAUAUUUAUUUUUUCAAUGUUAGCAAGCUUUUUUUAUUUUUUCAGGGUUGUGGAAGCCAGCAUUCUGGACAGAGAGGCCAUAGUACAUCGGAAAUUGGCUCCGGACUGUUAGGUCGAUGGCUUUCUUCACAUUACCAUGGCGGGGUGCAUGAUGAAAAAUCUGUUGCCCAUCAUACUGUGAACUUGCUUACAUCAACAAUCAAAGUUGACGCCGAUCAGUCAGAUCUGCGGUUUUGCUUCCAGAUCAUUUCACCUUCCAAGAACUAUACCCUGCAGGUAAAAUGUUAAAUAACAUGGAGGCCCUUCUUUAUGCAUGAAAAUACUUUUUUUCCUGAGGCAGAAUUGAUCAACUAUUCUAAGAAUGUAGAACUCCAUGGGGAGAUCUAAUGCUUAUCUAUUACUGUAAUCGGUAUGCUUGAUUUCUAGGCCUCUUUGCAGUGCCCAAGAUAGCUUAGCCAUUUUCAUGAUAUUUGGUGUCCCUUAGCUGGUGUUUCUGUUUUUGUCAACCCUGUCCCUUUUGUUUCGAGGGAUCUCGUCUUCUUCUCAUGGCGUCUGAUUCAUCGCCUUCCACUUGUCUCAUUGACUCAGGCUGAGAGUGCAGUGGAUCAGAUGGACUGGAUUGAGAAGAUAACCGGCGUUAUUGCUUCCCUCCUAAGCUCACAGUCGCCAGAACGGGUUUAGCCCCAACGAUUACCUUAAAAAUGCUUCUUUUAGUCCUGUGCGUGGUUCUUUCUUAUGACAUUUCUGACCCCUUUCUCUUCAGUGUAUUCCGGCUAGUCCUACCAGCAGCGGGCAUCCUCAUGCUGCCAGUGAGAGCAGCUCGCUGGGCAGCUCCUCAGAUUUCGACCAUUCAGCCUUGGAAGAAGGCUCCUCCGGAAGGAAUCUGCUUACCGGGCAGUUUGAACGCGCAGUCAGAGGCUCACAGUAUCACCGAGGCAACCCGAAACACGAGAAACCCAUUGACUUGCUGCGGAAGGUCAGCGGCAAUGAUGUGUGCGCCGACUGUGGGGCCCUCGAACCCGAUUGGGCUUCCCUGAACCUCGGUGUUCUCGUCUGCAUAGAAUGUUCUGGCGUCCAUCGAAACCUUGGCGUCCACAUAUCAAAGGUAACCCCUUUUGGCAUCAUUAGUGACUGGCUGGGAUUUAUAAUUUUUUAAAGAAAUCCUAGCGAAAUAGAUCAUCUUCUGGCAUUGUUUUCUUUCCUGACAGAGAUUUCAUGAAUACCCAUUUUUUUUAUUAAAAAAGAAGGGAAAAAGAUGCUGCCCAGAUAGUUGACUAGGCCUUCUAUCCUGUUUUCCUUUUCUUCUCUUGUAGGUGCGAUCUUUGACGCUGGAUGUGAAAGUAUGGGAGCCUUCUGUCAUAAAUCUGUUCCAGUCUUUGGGUAACACCUUCGCCAACUCCAUCUGGGAGGAGUUGCUGACGCCUGAUGGCGCACUGCCGAGGUGCUUCAUGAUGUUGAUCGUCUCUGCGCAUCACCCAUCUGUCAUUUCCGUAUAGUCCUUAUUCUUUGCUCCUGCGAAUUCAGCGGCUCGAGGCUGGACAAGAAGCCGCAGGUGUUCAUCAGCAAGCCCAGCCAUGCUGACCCCAUAUCAGUUAAAGAGAAGUUCAUCCAGGCGAAGGUACGAUCUGGAUUGAAGAACCCUAAAAGAUAAUCGGACUUGGGAGUCUUGCAGCUUGCUGCUCCUUCUGGGCGGUCGGUGAGAACUGUGUUUCUCACCAUUAAUGGCUGCUCUGAGAGUCUGAACUGUGUUUGCGCGUGUGCAGUAUGCAGAAAAGGCUUUCGUCCGGCGGGUCGACCCAGAGCACCAUCCUCUGGCGGAAAGCCUUCAGAUGUGGCGCCUCGUACGCGCCAACGACAAGAAAGCGGUGUAUCGCCAGAUCGUGGCCUCUGCGGCGGAUGUCAACGCCGUGCUCAGUCGUGCGCCAUCCGGCGCACUGUCACCCCCCUCAAGGUCGACGAUGCUUCUGCAGGAGCACCUUGAUCCUCCGUUCGACGACGGGGAGGGAGGCUUCUCCCUCCUCCACCUCGCGUGUCAGACCGCCGACUUAGGGAUGGCGGAGCUCCUGCUGCAGUACGGCGCCAAUGUCAACGCCACUGAUCUCAAAGGUCGAACCCCUCUCCACCAUUGUGUCCUCGAGGGGAAGAAUGACCUCGCAAAACUGUUCCUCUCCAGGUAGAUCUCCCCCCCCAUCUCUCUCUCUCUCUCUCUCUCUCUCUCUCUCUCUCUCUCUCUCUCUCUAAGAACGUCUUGCCUGCGCAGAGGGGCCGAUCCGCGCGCCUCCGACGGCGAAGGGAAGACGCCAGUGGAGUACGCGUCGGAGACGGGUAACAUCGACGAAGAGAUCCUGCUGCUGGGGGACGCCAACAGUUGA